AUUUGCCAACUCCAAAGCCGCAGCCGUUGUGAGAAUACUGUUGAAGCGCUGACCCGACGGAUUGGUCGCUGGGAUCAUCCUCCCUCCGCAACCCCACGUGAGUUCCGCGGGCGGUGAGGGAUUCUGCCGCAUCAUCUACAAGGGACACAUCACUGCCUACGACGACCUCGAACAGCGGCUCAAGCAAAGGAGCAUCUUUGGACAGCCGGAAAUUUGGGUGCUGAAGCUGCAUGGACUCGAAAUAAAGGUGCAUGCUCACCGGUGAGCUGACACGUGCCCUGGGUAGCCAAAGAUGACGACCCAACUGCUAGCCACGGAGCUGGCCAACCUCAUCCAGGAGAGCAAGAGGAAACACAACGAUCUUCGACAAGCUGCAGAGAAGUCGCUGGAGGAGCUGAAGAAUUUGAGGAACCCUUCCGAACAGACAGCUCCCGAAGAGCUGUCCCAGAAAGUCAACUUUGUCAACCCGUUCAUCAUCGCAUGCGGUACCAAGAAUGCCAAGUUCACCGCCAUCGCCAUCGUCUGCCUUCAGCGGCUCAUUGUCGCCCGCGCGCUUCCCCGCUCUAAGCUAGACCAGGUACUGGAGGCCUUGAUGCAGGCCGCGUCAGCUGGUCUGGACGUGCAACUCAAGAUCCUGCAAGCUCUGCCUUCGCUGUUGCAGAACUACGCCUCCGACCUCCAAGGAAACUUGCUUGUGACUGCCCUGAACAUUUGCUUCACCUUGCAGAGCAGCAAGAAUGCCAUCGUUAGUCAUACUUCCGCGGCAACCCUCCAGCAGCUUGUCGUGUCCGUCUUCGACAAGGUUGUCGCCGAGGACAAAAAGGCAGGCGAAGGGCCCGGGGCCGGAGAGUCCAUGAAUGCAGAUGGAAAGCCCGAAAGCCGUCCCGCUGCACUAGAUGCUUAUAGGAUCUUCAAUGAUCUUUGUCUCAUGACAGAAAAUCAACGCCCCGAGUUCUUGCGAUUUUCGGGGCUUCCGCAAACAUUCGGCCUGGAGCUCAUUGAGUCCGUCAUUACCAACCAUGCCAGCGUGUUCACGAACCACCCUGAGCAGGCUCAGAUCUUGCGUGUGCGAGUAAUGCCGCUCAUCACGAGCGCCCUGAAAGGAAGACCUAAUUUUGCCACGACCGUGAGGCUUGUUCGUAUCCUUUAUACCAUGCUCCGGCGGCAUAUCGCCAUUCUGCCAUCAGAAUGCGGGGAGUCUCUUGCAAUUCUGACACAGCUUCUGGACCAAGACGAUUCACUCUGGAAACGAGCUCUAUGCAUGGAAGUCUUCCGGGGGGUCUUUGCAGAGCACGCCCUGCUCCGACGCAUCUUCUCUAUUUAUGAUGCGAAGGAAGGGGAAAGGGAUGUCCUGAAACCCAUAAUUGCAACUUUUGUGCGGCUCAGCACCGAGAAGCCAGCCGUCAUUGGGCUUGGACACCAAUCGACUAUGCCCACCGCCGAUGCGCAGUCGAAUUCCGCAAUGGCAUCUGACCAGGCCAUGCUGGAAGCUGGAGUGACGGGAAUCAUCGGCGGUUCCGGAUCACCCGAGACAACAAACACUGGCAUCAGUACCCAAUGGAGUACCGUCCGAGUUCCAUUUAUUGACCAACUUGAUAAGACGGAGGCACCUCCUAUUCCGGAGUCAUACAUUUAUAGCCUUGUCCUGUCCUGCAUUUCAUCCGUAUCUGAUGGAUUGGCCAAGUUUAUUCUACCCCUCACCGUGCCGAGCGACACGAGAGGACGACGCAAGCCCUCGAAGGAGAGUGGGCGCGAUUCGCCCACACCAUCCCAGCUCGACCCGGAUCAAGCCUCCAAGGGUAAAGUUGAGAGAUCAGCGUCUUUUAAGAGAAACCCUGUUCCUCUCAACCCACUUGCUUUGGUAGAGCACCCUCUGUAUUCUGAGAUCAAGACGUGUGCUGCCAUUGUUGAUGAGUGUUGGCCCGCGAUUCUCGCAACAUGCUCCACUUUCCUUUAUGCAGCUCUAGAUUCAGAGUACUACCAUGGCCUAGUCCGGGCUUUUCAACGGUUCGCUCAUGUUGCGGGCUUGUUGCAUCUGUCAACUCCCAGGGAUGCCUUCCUGACGACUCUGGGGAAGGCAGCUGUCCCACCUAAUGCCAUUACCGCUUGUCUCAACCUUGGACAACCUCGCCCACAAACCCCAAACACACCGACUGAGACGUCAAAUAGCCUUUUCAGCAAUGCUCGAGGUCUGUUGAGCGUUGAUAGUCUGACACCGGCAACCCCGACGGGAGAGAAACAGCGGCAAGGAUCCCUCGAAGUCGCUUUAGCUACUCUAAACACCCGGAAUCUUUUGUGCCUUCGGGCACUGCUAAACCUGGGCAUCGCCUUGGGCCCAACGCUUGGCCAGGCUUGGAGCAUCAUCCUGGGGACUUUGCAGCAAGCUGAUUUUGUGCUUUUCGUGACUGGAAAGGCCCCGGGAAGGACCCCAUCUCUCAACCGGGGAACUGACCAGGGCGGUGAGAAUGAUGCUACGUUGAUGGCCAAUUUCGGCUCCGAAGUUCGCGCUGUGGAGACGGCUGCAUCUAGAUUGAUUGAAAGUACGAUUGACUUUCCGAACGAAUCUUUCAUGGAGGUCGUGAUAGCAAUUUGCAAUCUUGUCCAAACGGAGUCCGAGCAAACCGAUGCAGUCGACCAAUCCCAGGCCACGAAUAGCCAGCAACUUCAGGCUCCGGCAGCCAAAGCUGCUCGACGACUUUCGGCAGUGUCAAAUUCUGGGUCCACCCAAGAAGACCAAUUUGCGCUGGCAAAGCUUGGCGAACUCGCAGCUAUCAAUAUCGAAAGGUUGUUGGAAUAUUCUCCGACCGAGUCAGGCUGGGCGGCUUUGGUUGGUGAGCUGAUUCGAACUCUGACGUCUCCAACCACGAACUCAUCAGUGAGAACCCGGGCCGCGGAAAUUCUUGUGAGACUCGCACUGGAGGCUGCUACUGUGACAGCUACGUUGCCCGACGAAUCCCGCGGGGAAAUCCAACUCCGGCUGUUAGAGGCCUUAAGAAGCUCGCUAGUGCCACUGCUCAAAGCAGAUCGAGAAGUUACCGUCGCAACCCAUACCACAGACAUUGACAUUCACAAAAUCAUCCUGGAAGGCCUAAAAAGCAUUAUUGAGAGUUGCGGAGAAAGCCUUGUCAGUGGUUGGGACAUCGCCUUUGAGAUCAUCGGUACCAUCUUCAUUACCAAGAAGUUCAACCCUGUCGACCGUCGUGGCUCGCUUGCCAACCCAAUUCUGCUGGAUACCCGGUCCGGAAGGCUCAUUCGAGCCUCGUUCAACUCACUCCAGCUUAUCUGCUCCGACUUUCUGGCCUCCUUGCCAAACUCGUGUUUCUUAAUCCUGGUGGAUACUUUGUACAAGUUUUGCUCUCAAGACGAUGAUCUUAACAUUGCAUUGACGACUGUCACAUUCUUCUGGGUUGUGUCCGACUUUCUCUCGGCAAAGAACGAAUCCCUUGAUAUCACAGCGGAGAUGAUGCAGGGGACCGGAGUGUCUGACCUUGAAAAGAUGGCUGCCGAGCAGAGCUCCAAGGGCUCCGAUGCAGCAUUGUGGAUGCUCCUACUGCUUCGACUGACGACCGUCACCACUGACGACAGACUUGAGCUGCGUAACAGCGCGAUUCAGACACUGCUAAGAAUCUUCGAUGCUUAUGGCGACCGGCUUAGCCCCGAGGCAUGGUCGAUUUGUAUUAAAUCAGUCAUCUUCAAGCUUCUAUCGUCGAUUGAGGAAGAGAUCCGGGCCGCGGAGUCGGACGAGGUGGAUGAGACCGAUCGUACAGAGUGGACCGAGACUGCCGAAGUCGUCCUCAAUGGUAUUUCGAGUCUUCUCGCCAAUUACCUCGACAUCCUCACUGUCCACACUUCCUUUGACCAACUUUGGCGGGAACUUCUUGGGCACUUCACUACUUUGUUGGAGUUCAAGAUUCUCAACAUCAAUACCGCAACUUUCAAAGCGUUGGGUCACGUCUUAUCCCAGACUAGUGAUGAUGGGAAGCCCACUUUCAACAAGACGACAAUCGACGUUGCUUGGGACUUGUGGUCAAGAGGAAUCCCGAUCUCCAAGGCCCCCAAAGGCAAAACUGUGGACAAUCAGAAUUGUCUCAUUGCCUAUGUUUCUGCCCUAUCCGAAAUCUACCGCCUCAUCUAUGAAGGUCUCACAGUGGACAGGGUUCGGAUAAUGCUGAAACUGCUACGAGAAACUCUGGAAGAGGCGUCCAUCAGCGGCUACGUGCAUGACAUUGAGUAUGUCACGCCCCUACAGGCGCAUAUUGUCGAGGCUAUCCAGAUGAUCCGUACGGAUAUUGCCGGUGUUCCCUCUGCAAUGAUUACCCAAGUUGCUGAGUUUGUCAUGUUGGCUUUCAGCCAAACUGAUUCAGAGAAAUCGGGACCGAAGCGAACGUACAUUGCGUUGUCGAAAGCAAGCAUGAAGACCAUGGAGAAACUCAUCUUGAUCCACUUCUCGGACCAGGAUAUUUACCGAAGCGGUGCGUUUUCGGAAGCCAUGAAUGCCCUGUGCAAACCAAUUGUCCUGAAGUAUCGCUUCUCUACCAUCACCAAGUCUACACAACCCUGGAGAUUGGCCACGUCUUCAGUUCUGGUCAUCUUGGAUGCAACUCUUUCGCAACUCAUCGAUUUAGAUAUUCCUCGCAGUAUGACGCAGACCAUUUGGUCCACUAUCGUCGCUAUUGCCGACGGAAUCCUCGGUGCAGACUGCGACCGCGCCACAUCGGAGACAAAUCUCGAAAAAGACGAGUCCUUCGACAUUGAAUCCUUCCAUACGCUUCGGGAACUCAUCAUUCCGGCUCUUGGUUCCGAGGUUGUUUCUGACAAGACUCGGAAGGCCUAUGGGGAAAGUCUUUUCAGGGCAUCCAUCAUUCAUGCUCCUUCGCCGACUGAAGUGGCAAUGAUUAAUGGCACUCAUGAAUUGGGGCUCUCUGCACUCUAUUCUCCACGACCUGGUCGGACAGUCUCUAUUCCGCCAACCAAGCGAACUCGAAUGGCGUACGUCGCCUGUCAAGAGAUGUUCUCAUUGGUUGCUUCCAUCGAUGAGCCAACAAUCGUCAUACAACCACCGACUCCAAAAUCUCCAACCGCAAAGCGCCAUUUUGCAGAAGCUCCCAGCUCGUUGCACAUUCGCAUCGCCAGCACUUCCGCUCCGUUCCUCAUCCUUCGGUGCGCAUUGACUCUCCAGGCCUACAUCGCCGACCAGCCAUUGCGAGGAAAGAUGCCGCAACCCCUGAGCCAGCGGAAGGAGCUCUUGUGGAUAUUGCGCAAGUUGGUCGACCUUAAGAGCGAGAGUGACGCAAUUCCAGAGUUGAGUGGGGUGGAGAGUGAGAGCAGGAAGCACUUGCUGAGGUUGUACCCUCUGAUUGUACGAGCAUCAGGGGUGGUUGGAGAUGAAAAGGUGUUGGGAUUACUUAGAGAAGCAUUGGAGGUUGUGGGCGGCGAGCUGGGAGUUUAAGGGAUUUGAUUAGAGCCUAGUCUGUAUUAAGCAUAUGCACAAACAUCUCAACGCUGGUCUGAUGUCUGUAUUUCAGCUGUAUUUCAGGGAUAUGUCGACUAGUCGUAAGCCUGCUCGAUGAACUGAUAUUCACUACUUUGGGUGCAAUGUGUGGCACAUGAAUAUUGUUGUUUCAAGGGCCAGUCAAGUGACCGUAGCGGGUCAAGAAUUGACAUCUGACUGUCUGGAUUCCCUGGAUCUCUGCUCAAAGUAUCGCGCAUGUGAACUAUCUCUAGA